AUGGUCGCGUCUUAUUCACCUCAUCGCCAUCACGGCGAGACUGCCACCUUGUUUUCUGCACCACACACAACGUCACCCUCGCGGCAUCACAUGCUUCGCUCACCAACUUCUUGCUCAUCACCUUUUGCGAUCCCAAUUCCAUCCUCUGUUAAAACACGAUCGAGUACAAGACGGCUAACGCCACUAAAAUCAAGAGGAUCAUCGACGACACCCGUCAGCCCAGUAAAGUUUCCACUUUCGCUUACGACCACGAGCCACAUGAAUUCGAGUGGCAUGACCCUGCGGUCCGGCUCCUCGAGCCCGCGAGCGAGUCCUCGCGAAAAAAUCGCUCUACAGCGUCAGGCGCGCGCCGGAUUGGGUAUGGAAAACGGGACUCAGAGCCCACCGUCCACAGGAAGUCCACUCAAAAGAAGCGAUGGUAUAAUGAAUCUGGAUCAGGCAAGCCGUGGGUCACCUGUCGCGAAGCGACGGUCUCACUUUGGUUUGUAUAGUUCGGGACACAAACAACAGCAUACCUUUGGAUCGCCUUCAUUUGGCCAAUCGCCGACGCCUGCCCACCACAAUACGACCCCAAAGAGACAUAACAGCAUAAAAAAGUCGGCUGGUCAUGGAUUCAGUGUUGAGAAGCCUUCCUUUGCGCGAUCUCGACCACAGGCUCGCCAACAUGAUUUUAUCACCCCUUCUGACCCAGCAUCCAAGAUUCGUCGUGUAACUUCGGUGGAUAACUUUCAUAGCCUACGACGCGGAUCUUUAAGUAGCGGCUCAUCGUUACCCAGUGCCUCUAUUCACCUACAUCAUGGAGCCAAUACUGCAUCGCAACCAGCAAGCCAUCAACCCCACCCUUUGUCGCAGAAUACUUUCGGCUCACAAUCCCCUGGGCCAGAGUCAGGAAAGGAUAGUGGCGAGGGCUCUAAUGAAUGGCGGACACCUCAGAACUUUCGAUUCGCAAAGCCUAACCCUGCAGCCUUUCACUCUACAGGAUUUGUCCCGAAACGUGGCCGCCUUAUGCAUGCAGAUAAGGAUCACGGCCCUCAACCGGACACACCUUGUAAGAGACCAAACAAUACAUUUGGGUCUUCUGCCUUCCAGAGUGGGAUGGGGGGGAGUAGAAUCUCUAUGACUGAUUUCGCAAAUACGGCGACACCAUUCGGCAAUAGCGGUGGAGGUGUGAAACUUGGGUUUGGUACACUCGACAGAAAAACCAGCACACUGAGUACCGACGAUGAGUUGGAUCUUGGCCAAUCUCAAUCAAGUGCCGAUUAUGACUUGCCCCCUACUCCAACUAAGAAGGUCUACAGUAAUAUUGGGGGCAUAUUCAAUUCUGCUAAACGAGCAAGAACGGAACAGAGCUGUGAGUUGUCUAUAUUCUUUGGCGCCCAUUCGUUCUUACUGAUAUGUGUGAAUACAGCGGACGACUUGAGAGUUAGGUACAGUGAAAAGUUUGAACCGCAAACCCCAAAAGAUAAUAUCCAACCACCGGACCCAAGCAGUCUUUCCAUUUCUGGCCGGGUGAGCCAUACCCACCACCGGAUGAGCUUGCCAGCAACCCCUGCCAGAGAUUUCUUUUCUCCUCAUUUCGACUUCGCUAGUGCCGGUAAGCCGCGCCCGCCUCGAACGGUGCAGUCACUUGAUGGGCGGUCGGUGGAAGUUACCGACAGCUUCUUAUCAAGAUUUUCGGAGAUCAAGCACAUAGGAUCUGGGGAAUUUUCGGAAGUCUAUCAGGUUACGGAAGGCCGUCCACGUAGAAAUGCUUUCAUUGCGUCACUAAAUCCAUCUACCCCUCAUCAACUCGCUACACCAAAGCAUUCUUCACCGUUUGGAAGCUCGCCGGUUGGGAAUAGCGAGUCGUUACUGAAAGCGUACGCUGUGAAGAAGUCAAAAUCUAGAUAUUUUGGUGUCCGGGAGAAGGAUCGCCGGCAGGAGGAGGUUCAAAUUCUCAAGUUGCUUGGGCGAAGUGAGCACGUCCUCGAGUUUGUGGACAGCUGGGAUGAGGAUGGAUACCUUUACAUCCAGACAGAGUUCUGCGACAAUGGAAGCUUAGACAAGUUUCUAGAGCAGCAUGGAAAUAAGGGUAGACUAGAUGAGUUCCGUGUAUGGAAGGUUCUGCUCGAAUUGUGCUUGGGACUUCAACACAUCCAUGACUCGGGCUUUAUUCAUUUAGAUCUUAAGCCCGCAAAUGUCCUGAUUACCUUUGAUGGAGCGCUAAAGAUUAGUGACUUUGGGAUGGCAACGCGAUGGCCAGCCUCACGGGAAUUAGAGCGUGAAGGUGACCGAGAGUACAUCGCCCCCGAAGUCUUAGAGUCACACAGAUAUGAUAAACCCGUGGAUAUCUUUGCCCUUGGGCUGACAAUGAUUGAAGCUGCUGGCAACGAGGCGCUUCCUCCUAAUGGGCCUGCAUGGCAAAGUCUGCGCAGCGGUGAUCUCAGUGUGGCCCCUAUUCUCAGUACUAGUUCUUCUGGCGAGUUAGUCGUCCGUGAUGAGGAUGGCAAUCCCAUAUCCACAGUUGUACUCGGUAGUCUAUCAUCGUCUAGUCUGGACAGUCGGAUGUCGGACUCAUCGCAACCAUAUCAUAUCAGCCGACGUGCUUUACGUACUAGAACGGACCCCGCGUUGCUCCAUAAGCCCCGGGCUGGUGAUCUGGUGAACCCCCCGGAUUUCAUGUUGGAGGCUGGGUUAGAGGAGCUAGUUACCUGGAUGAUAUCUGCAGACCCGGGCCAUCGACCCACUGUUUCACAGCUGUUGGAAACAGAUUCAGUAAGGUGGGUCGAAUCGAGAAGAAGGUCUCCGGCAACGAUCUUCGAGGGGCUUUGGGGGCCAGAUGAUUCCUCGGCUCGUGUCGCUGAGGAGGAUGAUAUGAUGGUGUGGGAGAAACCCGAAGACUGUUCGCCUUGGGGCUGAAGAUCUGGGGGGGCGCAGACAAUGUGCAACUGGAGAGUACAGGGAGAGUGAGAAGUGGAUAGGAGGGUGGAGUCACACUUUUACGCCUGUUCUGAAUAGCUCCUCUUUUAGUCUCUUUCGGGCAAUGGGUCAAUGGUCUGAGAUUUGUGGUAUAUCAGGAUUCUUUUGGUAUAGCAAAUGGUUCCUUGUGGGAUGAUUUUGUCAGAAAAAAGCACUGGAUUUGGUAAUUCUUGUUCUUUUAGCGCCCACUUUCUCCACGUUUUUUUUCGCACUGAUGGGCGCAAAUAUUCUCGCUUUGUUACAUGUUUCAUUCUUGUUGGUUAGGGGCAUGUUUUCUUAUAGCUUUCUCUGGUUUCUUGCUGCUUUUUACAUACUGGUACUGGUGCAUUUGCUAGGAUAUUCCCUUCGUCUACUGUCUUUUCAUUCUUUCUCUUUUUCUUUUGUUUUCUGGGGUUGGUCGGUUUGAGCUAUUUUUUCGCUUCGCUUUUCUUCUACAUUCAGCAUUCAUCAUUUUGCUGUAGGUUUUUUCACUAUUACCACUUUUUUUCUUCCAACUGGGUUGUUUUUACUUUUUUUAUUCAUCACUCCUCUUUGUUUUACAUUUUUCUCCUCACCCACCGCCUUUGUCAUUUUUGCUUUCGUGCGGGGCAUGGCUAGGUGGCUAAUAGCUUCCGUCUGUAUAUAAUUAGCGUAUUGGAGUGUAGAGAGAUGCGGGUUUCUCUUUUGGACCCUCAUCUACCUGAACCAGCAGUUUUUCUGGGCAUUUGUUUGGUUUUCGUGUUUCUCUUAUUUUUUUCGUGAUUGAUGUAAUACUUUCCGCGGCAUUCUAUGGAGCUUUUGGUGAGGUUUGCACUUGGUUUGUUACCUUUUGUUU